CUUCGCCUCCGACGACAUCCCACAUCACCGUUGACCACUCUCGAUCUCCCUCGAGCUCUCUCUUGAGAUCCCCCAACUCCGCCGAUGACCCCUACUCCGCCGACAUCCCCCUCCUCCGCCGACACCCACCAACUCCUCCUCAACCAAACAUGGACUUUCUCUUCUCUCUCCCUCUUCUCUCUCCCUCUUCACAAGGCCAUUAAUAUGAUUGCCAUCAGAAGUUUCGUUGCUGGUCCUAAAUCGAAAAAGAGUGGAAAAGGAGCAGGCGAUGCUCCAAAGGAGUCCGUCCUGACCAAAGAAAUGAAAAGUACCACUGUGUUUGGAGCCAAUAUCUUGAAGGAGGGCACUGAUCCUAAAGUACUGCCAGAUUCUGAGUACCCUGACUGGCUGUUUCACUUGGUAGACAAACGACCUCCACUGAGUGAACUACGAAGGAAGAAUGUUGAAACUCUUCCAUAUGAGGACCUCAAGCGUUUUGUUAAGCUUGAUAACCGAUCAAGAAUAAAGGAGAACAACGCUGUUAAGGCAAAGAAUUGAUUUAAGUGUUCAACAGAUCUUUCUUGAUUUUUAUUGUCAUGUCAUAAUGCAGAGUUUAGUCUUGAAGGGCUUGAAAGAACUCUGUUACAUGUAAACUUUUAAUGAGUAAAGAACUCUGCUACAUGUAAACUUUUAAUGCGUAUGAGAUGUCAUGUAAGCAGCUUUUUAUCUGCAAGGCAUUGACUUUGUUGUUUUGAUCAAUGUAGUACCUCUUUUAGUUU